GAGGCCAGGGCGUCUCACUCACCUUCACAUCCAGGCCUCUUAGGGGAGCGCGGCUUUGGCUUUUCCGGGAAGGAAUGGACUCCAACGGACAGGGAAAGAGGUGUGGAGAGGCGGGCACGAUAAGCAGGCACUGGGCCCAAGCCGCCCUUGGAGGCUCCGCCUGUUCUGAUCUGAAGGCGGAGGCUCAGCCGUGCUCUCCCAGGAAGCCACCUGGGCGUUUGGGGCUUUAGCUAGGAAAGAGGAUGUCGCCUGCGGCUGCGAAGGCGCCAAGGCCCAGACCUCGCGCCUCCGCCCGCGACGGCGGCACUGGGGGCCCGGAGCGGGCGGGAGACGCGGGUUACUGCGGGCUUCGGGGCCCUAGCCUCGACCGCGACGUUCGCUCGCAUCGCGCACGGACAGAAACCCGUGAGCGCUGAAGAAAGAACACCUGAAUCCGGAGCCCCAGCCCCCGUCGCUCGUUUGCGCGACCCCAAAACCCGGCGGGACGAGGGUCGCCCGAUGUCCAGCUACCGCCACAGACGACGCUUUUGCGUCUGCGCAGCGCGCCGCCUUGUGGGUAAUCUCAGGGUGAGACGAGGCUAGCGCGAGGUGCGGCUAGAGCGUCAUUUCCGGCUCGAAUGCCCGGCAGCCGUGGCGGCUAGAGCGUUCCUCCCCAGCUCGAAUGCCCGGCGGCCGAGGCGGCUAGAGCGUCGCCUCCUCCCGGGGAACCGCGUGUGACCUUCCAGCCCGCGGACCGAUGCUGCCGGCGGCCGCUCGCCCCCUGUGGGGGCCUUGCCUUGGGCUUCGGGCCGCUGCGUUCCGCCUUGCCAGGCGACAGGUGCCAUGUGUCUGUGCCGUGCGACAUAUGAGGAGCAGCGGCCAUCAGAGGUGUGAGGCCCUCGCUGGUGCACCCCUGGAUAACGCCCCCAAGGAGUACCCCCCCAAGAUACAGCAGCUGGUCCAGGACAUCGCCAGCCUCACUCUCUUGGAAAUCUCAGACCUCAACGAGCUCCUGAAGAAAACGUUGAAGAUCCAGGAUGUCGGGCUUGUGCCGAUGGGUGGUGUGAUGCCUGGGGCUGUCCCUGCUGCAGCAGCCCAGGAGGCAGUGGAAGAAGAUAUCCCCAUAGCGAAAGAACGGACACAUUUCACCGUCCGCCUGACCGAGGCGAAGCCCGUGGACAAAGUGAAGCUGAUCAAGGAAAUCAAGAACUACAUCCAAGGCAUCAACCUCGUCCAGGCAAAGAAGCUGGUGGAGUCCCUGCCCCAGGAAAUCAAAGCCAAUGUCGCCAAAGCUGAGGCGGAGAAGAUCAAGGCGGCCCUGGAGGCGGUGGGCGGCACCGUGGUUCUGGAGUAGCCUCCAGCUCGGAGGACUUGUGUUCAGGGGUCCCUGGGCCCCGGGCGAGGUCCCGCCCUCCCGUGGUCACUGGCUCCGCCCCCAGCACCAGGCGCCCAGUGGAGCCGUUUGGGAGAAUUGCCUGCGCCACGCAGCGGGGCCGGACAGGCCGCACAGACCUACUGUGGCGGGAGGGAGGGGCGGCUGCUGCCUGGUGACGGCACCCGGAGGCCCACCGGUGAAUGUGCCUCUGGUGGCUGCUGAGAAAAAUACACUGUGCAGCUCA